UGGUGUGUUUGGACACAUAGACACUCAGACACACAGACACAUAGACGUACAGGGCUCAGGGCCCUCGAAGGGACCCUACCCCCUCCCCCUGACCAUCCAGGGCUGUCUGCACACCCUAAUACUCCAGCCUUCGGCCUGUCUCUUAGCCUGGGAUCUGCGCAGCAUUGAGGGACCUAGGAGUCAACCUCAAGACAUUCAGCAAGUCCAGCUGGCCCUACCAUGACAAAGGAAUAUCAAGAUCUUCAGCAUCUGGACAACGAGGAGAAUGACCAUCAACACAGAAAAGGGCCGCCUCCUCCCCAAUCACUCUUUCGCCGUCUCUGCUCGGGACCCCGCCUGCUCCUGCUCUCCAUGGGCCUUAGCCUCCUGCUGCUGGUGGUUGUCUGUGUGAUCGGAUCCCAAAACUCCAAGCUGCAGGAGGAGCUGCGGGCCCUUAGAGAGACGUUCAGCAAUCUCACAGUGAGCACAGAUGCCCAGGUCAAGGCCUUGAGCAUCCAGGGAGGAAAUGUGGGCAAAAAGAUGAAGUCCCUGGAGUCCCAGCUGGAGAAACAGCAGCAGGACCUGAGUGAAGAUCACUCCAGCUUGCUGCUCCACGUGAAACAGUUUGUGGCUGACCUGCGAAGCCUGAGCUGUCAGUUGGCUGUCCUCCAGGGCAACGGCUCCGAAGGGACCUGCUGCCCAGUUAACUGGAUGGAUUAUGAAGGCAGCUGCUACUGGUUCUCCCGCUCUGGGAAGCCCUGGCCUGAGGCUGCGAAGUACUGCGAGCUGGAGAGCGCUCACCUGGUGGUGGUCGGCUCCUGGGAGGAGCAGAAAUUUAUCCAGCACCACAUGGGCCCCGUGAACACCUGGAUGGGCCUCACCGACCAAAACGGGCCCUGGAAAUGGGUAGACGGGACGGACUACGAGACGGGCUUCAAGAACUGGAGACCAGAGCAGCCGGACGACUGGUACGGGCACGGGCUCGGGGGAGGCGAGGACUGUGCGCACUUCACCGACGACGGCCGCUGGAACGAUGACGUCUGCCAGAGGCCCUACCGCUGGGUCUGCGAGACAAAGCGGGGCAGGGACAGCUAGCACCCCCCUCCCCUAAUUUAUUUCCGCAAAGCCUUUAACUGCCAUAGGGGCCCUGGCUUGGGGACCCUCCUAUGGGGGGCCUCCUCCACUUUCUGGGGGAUUUUCAUCUAAGAUUUCGAGGGAAGAGAAAGGGUGGUGUCUGAGGCAAGGAGAAUAAUGUUUGGAGGGGCGGAAAUAUCGAAACCACGCCACUUUCUGUAGUUUGCAGGUUAUUAUUGUCGACUUUUUUUUUUAGAGUAAAAAGAAGAGAAAUACACUAAA